GCUACGUGGACUCCCUGAAACGCAUCCUGCAGGAUUACAGGAACCCGCUGAUGGAGAUGGAGCCGAAGGUGCUGAGCGCUAGGAAGUGCCAGGUGGUGUUUUUUCGCCUGAAGGAGAUCCUGCAGUGCCACUCCAUGUUCCAGAUCGCCCUCGCCUCCCGCGUGGCCGAGUGGGACUCGGCGGAGAAGAUCGGGGACCUCUUCGUGGCCUCGUUCUCCAAGUCGAUGGUGCUGGACGUCUACAGCGACUACGUCAACAACUUCACCACUGCCAUGUCCCUCAUCAAGAAGGCUUGUCUCACCAAACCUGCCUUCCUCGACUUCCUCAAGAAGAGACAGAUGGCCAGCGCCGACCGGGUCACGCUCUACGGGCUGAUGGUGAAGCCCAUCCAGAGGUUCCCCCAGUUCAUCCUGCUCCUGCAGGACAUGCUGAAAAACACCCCCAAGGGCCACGCGGACCGCCUGUCCCUCCAGCUGGCCCUCACCGAGCUGGAGACGUUGGCAGAGAAGCUCAACGAGCAAAAGCGCUUGGCCGACCAAGUCACCGAAAUCCAGCAGCUCAGCAAGAGCAUCAGUGACCGCAGCAGCCUCAACAAGCUGCUGAGCUCGGGGCAGCGGCAGCUCCUGCUCUGCGAGACGCUGACGGAGACGGUGUACGGUGACCGGGGGCAGCUCAUCAAGUCGAAGGAACGGAAGGUUUUCCUCCUCAACGACAUGCUGGUCUGCGCCAACAUCAACUUCAAGCCGGUGAACCCAGGAGGCCAGCUGGAAAUUAGCAGCCUGGUGCCCCUGGGUCCCAAAUACGUGGUGAAGUGGAGCACGGCCCUCCCGCAGGUGCAGGUGGUGGAGGUGGGGGGCGGCGCUUACAACAAGAACAACGUCGUCAUGCACAACGCCGGCGCCAAGAAGCACGUGCCGGCCGGGCAGGCUUCGCACAAUAAAGUCUACCUGGGGCCACCGCGGCUCUUCCAGGAGCUGCAGGACCUGCAGAAGGACCUAGCAGUUGUGGAGCAGAUCACCCUUCUCAUUAGCACCUUGCAUGGCACCUACCAGAACCUGAACAUGACGGUGGCCCAGGACUGGUGCUUGGCCCUCCAGAGGAUGAUGAAGGUAAAGGAGGAGGAGAUCCACUCCGCCAACAAGUGCCGCCUCCGUCUCCUGCUACCCGGGAAGCCGGACAAUCCAAACCCCCUGAGCAAGAUCUCCUGGGUGAACCGCCUGCACUUGGCCAAGAUAGGACUGCGGGAGGAGAACCAGCCGGGCUGGCUCUGUCCCGAUGAAGACAAGAAGAGCAAAGCUCCUUUCUGGUGCCCCAUACUCUCCUGCCACAUGCCCGCCUUCUCCUCCAAGGCCCUCGAUCUGCAGCUUGGCGCCGCGGUGCACAACCCCGUCCAGUCCUCGCUGCUGGGCUUCUCCGCCAUCAGCACCUCGCUGCCGCACGGCUACCUGCAGGUUGGAGGGGGCCAGGAAGGCGCAGGGGGGCAGGUGGAGAUCUUCUCCCUCAACCGCGCCGUGCCACGGACGGUGAAGUCCUUCCCGGUGGCUUCGCCGGUGCUGUGCAUGGAGUACAUCCCCGAGGCGGGCGAGGGGGAACCGGCGGGCGGCCAGGAACCCCGACCGACCACCGAACAGCCCCCCGCAUCCCUGCAUCCCACCGUGUGCUUGGGGUUGCGGGAUGGCAGCAUCGCCGUCUAUGGCAGCGUGGACACGGGGACGCAGUGCUUGUUGACCUGCAAAAGCCCGGGCGUGCAACCCGUCCUCUGCUUGAAGCACAGCCCCGAGUACCUCUUUGCGGGGUUGCAGGAUGGGACCGUGGCCGCCUACCCCAGGAGCAACGGGGGGCUGUGGGACCCGGCGGAGCAGCCCACCCGCCUGGCCGUGGGUACCGGCCCCGUGCGAGCCCUCCUGACGCUGGAUGAGACCCUCUGGGCCAGCUGCGCCAACCAGGUCACCGUCCUCGAUGCCACCAGCCUCCAUGCCCAGCAAACCUUCGAGGCCCACCCGGACGCGGAGGCCAGCGUCACGCACAUGAUCAAGGCGGGCAGCGGGGUCUGGAUGGCCUUUUCCUCGGGCUCCUCCAUCCGCCUCUUCCACACCGAGACGCUGGAGCAUCUGCAGGAGAUCAACAUCGCCACCAGGACCACCUUCGUCCUGCCGGGUCAAAAACACGUCCGUGUCACCAGCCUCCUCAUCUGCCAGGGUUCGCUCUGGGUGGGCACCGACCAGGGCAUCAUCGUGCUGCUGCCCGUGCCCCGCUUGGAGGGCAUCCCCAAAAUCACCGGAAAAGGCAUGGUGUCCCUCAACGGGCACGGUGGCCCCGUGGAGUUUUUGGCGGUGGCGUUGAGCACCCUGGCCCCCGACGUGCUAAAGGGUGACCAGGAGGAGGAAGAGGAGGGUGAGGAAGAGAAACCCCCUGAGCUGGAUGGCCCCCCGCCUCGGGAAAUGAGAAAAAAAGGGAUUUUA